CGUACUUGCAGCCGAAUGCGGCAUCUUCUUGAUAGGCCCAAAUCAGAAACAACGUCCGCGUCGCUAAGAAACGCCCAUUUCCGGGUAUAUCCGCAGUAUGAGGAAUGCUGACGUCAAGUGUCAGCUGUUUCCAUACAACAUGCUCUCAUGCCGGCAGUACGUUUCUUCACAAUAACAUAUAAUGCGAUGAGAAGAGCUAGUCUUCCUAUACAUGGACAACUGUAUAUCACGACUAAGUGUCGGAUCAGGUGGAAGCAGUAAACGGGCUUGACUCCUGUGGUGGAUUUCCACGCCCAGCUGUAUUCGUCUUCAAUCUGAUGAAAUCGUAGUACAGGCGGCCGCUCAGAUAAGUUCUGUCCUCACAUCCAUGGUGGAGAACCUAUCUGAUGGAAAGGAAGGCUGUCAAACAGCUCAACAUGGUCUCCAGGCUGCCCAAGUUUGCUUCCUGUCCCUCAGGCACCACCAUGACUGCCCCUCCCCAAGGAUCUGCCCUCCCGGUUUCCUCCUCAGAGUCUAAAGGUGGACCUCUAGUCAGGCACAAUAAUUUAUCCCGUCUACAAUCCCUAAAUAGGAGAAAGGGUGAAGAGGACAUUGGAAAUAAAGUUCAACACUCUGACAGCUUGGAUGAGGAGAAGAGUAUUACACCAGUGAUUGUGACUAAAAAGCCUUCCACUGCAGUUGCAGUAAAAUGUAAAAGUGCAGUCCCUACUUCACAAAGUAGUUGCCCCAGGAGCAUACCCCAGCCUAGCAAAACUUUUCCCCGCAUGAUUACUCCAAAACGCCUCUCAACAGGGAAACCCUUGUAUAAUGAUAUGGCUUCUCAGAAUGGAGUGAGUGUUGGUAAUGGGCGAUGUGGCUCCACAGGGCCCGGUGUUGGUCAUGUAUCCCAACAAAGAACCCUGCAGAGCAAACUAUCCCUGUCCAACGACAGCAUCAACUCUGACUCUAAAGACAACAUAGUGCGCUCUCAGAGUUUCACCAAUUCCAAGAGGGUAACAUGUCCCACCAACCCACCUAUUACCCGUUCCUUCUCCUUUAACAAAGCUACAGAGCUUGCUAAAGAAAAUCCAAGACCAUUGGCACAGUCUCCAGUAGCUAAAUCAGCCCUCAUACAGCCAAAUACAGUAUUAUCCGAAGAGAAAGUCAAUAAAUAUGGAAUUCAAAAGCCUACCGUUACCACUAGCAGUCAUCUUUUGCAGACAACCACAAUAAAGAAAUCCCUUUUACCCAGCUUUGCAGGUAACAAACCUUCUGCGCUCAGUUAUAAACUUACACGUCCAACACAAACCAAACAUCCCCGCCCUGUUCUCCUUGGAGUUGUCCAAAAAGAUGCAGAAUUGAGUAAAAAUGUCCAAGACACUACAAAGAUAGCAGAAACCAGUUCAGAACCAAGUAGCAACAUUGAAAGUAUUGAAAUUUCCCCAAAUGAGACUUAUUUUGACGCAAAGGAGGCUGAGGGGAGUCUGGGCCCCUCUUUGGAGGAUAUGUCGCUAUCAUCGUCCUCCUCUGUGGAGCACAAUGACACUAGUGAAGAGUACAUGGAUGACUUUGAUAAUCUCGGGAAUGGAGGUGAGACCCUGCUGCUGCCUGUCCUCAGUGAGGGGUUAGACCACUUCGGAACAUGUGAAGAUGACAACGCUCUAAUUAGCAUGUGCAAUGAGGAAUCCAUGAGGAAUGAGGUGACCAGCCUGAACACCUUCUUAUCCGAAACUGUUGACUGGGCAGGGAUGGGCCUCGCAGAUGGCAAAGAUGACUUUGAGCAUGAGACGUUGUCUCCUGUAGGUGAUUUUCCUCAUGGAUCGUCUUUGGACCUGUCACCCUCAGACAGCUCUGGAGGGACGUACAUGUGGGACGAGGAGGGAAUGGAGGCACUGGGAGGCUCUGAACACCCCUGUGGAAGCUUUGACUCUGAUCUCAACAGCAUGGACAUUCUCGACAACCUGGACAAUGUGGAGUCAUGUGACCUGGAGGAAGAUGACCUCAUGCUGGAUUUGGACCUGUCUGAAGAUGCAUCUUUACACAGCGAAACUGAUGGGACAUCUCCUUAUGAAUGCUCUGAAAAAGAUGGCUGGCUAAAUCAGAGGAGAAGACGACAGCAGGUCUGGGGCAGGCGUGAUCAGUUCUGCCGUAAAAACAGAAGUGGCAUUUUGCAGUCGUUUGACGGGCUCAAGGAACAGGGGCUGGAGAGGUCAAGGUCAGACCAUGUGACAUUAGAUGAGUUGACUCUGAAACUCGUGACUCAGGACUGCUCUUCUGUCAAAGAACAGCUACUUCAACUGAAGACACUGCUUCAGAUGGAGACAGAUAGUUCAGUUGAAGAUACUUUAGAGGCUAAUACUCCAUCAUCCACUGACCAAUCUUUACUUGAUCAGAAGGUGGCGCUGCUCCUGAAAGAGGUUCAAGAACUGAGAGAUGAGCUCAGAAGCAAAGAUAGGAUGAUUGCUGAACUUUCCCAGCAGCUGUCUUCUCCAGUAGAGGAUAUGCAGUGCCGCUGCUUGCAGGGUUCAGAGGCUAACAAGGAGUCACCGGAGCACCAGGACAAGAAUACUCAAACCUUUUGGAAGGCACAUAAUCUUCAAAUACUACAGAAUCCCAGAUUCUUACCCAACGAGCUCCAUAACCAUGAAGGACUUUCAAGUCCAACCUCUUCAGAGGCCCCUUGUGACGGUUUGGAUGCCAAGCCUGGUCACCACCCACUGAUGCCCCAGUCCUGCUCUCCAGACCCACAAAGUCCUAUCACUGUUGAGUCUACCCCAAACUGUGCUAUACCAACGGUAACUAUAUCUGCUGAUAGCUCUGCUGCCUUCUCUUCCAGAACUUUUCAGAGCUCUGAUCCUGCUGAGCUUGGCCUCAUGAGCAGCCAGGUUAAAAUCAAUGAGCCAGCAAUCUCACCAGCUUCUGCCAGCUUUUCCUACAAGUUAGAAAGAGGUAUACAAAAACUUCCUUUGAGAAGAAGCAAUUUUUCAACCCUACAACCACCCACUUCUAUUAAGAGAGCUUCGACACUCAUUAAGCCCCAGGAAGUACAACGAGUCGGUGUGUUCACUGGAGCCCUGGGUAGAUUUGGAGCCACAGGUCAAUUCAAAACAAAACAUCAACCUUUAUCAGCUGCCGGAAUGCUUUGCCUCAACCCAACCCGACAAACUACCAUGCACAGCACCACUGCACCAAUAUUUAAUCAACAAAAUCAAGGGUGCAGACAGUCUCUAUUUCUCAGAAACAUAGAAACCAGUUUACCCAGAGCCAGUGCCCCCCUCCAGCCCAAACAUUCCCGCCUUCCUAAGCCAAAGACGAUUUCUUCUCUACCAAACCCUGCUCAGCAAGGUCAAACAACAACCUCCCAGACUCUACCUUCUCGUAUGCUUCCUCAUUUCUAGAUUAGCUUAGCAGGGCUUUGGGCAUCCCACCAGAGUGUAGAAAACCUGCUUCUUAAGACCCUGCUUGUAAAGCACCAGACAAGUAUCAUAGCAGUUAUGCUUACUAUGUACAAACCAUGACAUAAUGCACUAAGUUGUAAGAGACACUACUGUCAACCUUGUACCUAUGCACCUUGCAUAAGAUAUUGCUCCUUUGAUAGAUUAGCAAGUCACCACUUCUCUAUGAUAUCGACCAAAACAAAGUAGAGUGUUAUUAUUGCUCCCACAUGAAUUAUAAUAUUUUUUUUUUUUUUUUUUGGAAUUGCUCUCAUAGAUUCUGUAGAGAGACUUGCUUUUUCCUUUCUUAACUACCACCACGGUAUGUGCACCGCGUGGGCCAUGAUGAAGGGGUGCCCACUGAGAUUUUCAGAGGAGCCAUCUCUUCCAAUUGCUUCUCUACCCAUCUCUCUUUGUACCUUUUGUUCUUUGCCACUAGCAUGAAGAUUGUGUCCUGCUGGAAUUGGCCUCCCACCACCAUACCCAAUGAGAGUAAGUUCUGGAAGCCAAGUUAAUCUUAACAGCAGAAUGAGUUGUAAGGCCGUGAACAUAAUGUAAAAUGAAAAACAAAACAAAGGAACAUAAGCUUAUAUAUUGUGGGAGUUUGAAAUGCAAGGUCACUUUACAAUUAAAAUGAUUUCACCUAGUA